AUGAUUGGAUCACCCCCCACUAUAUUACAAUCGGAUAACGGCAAGGAAUUCGUAGCACAAGUUAUCAAGGAAUUAAUGGCGCUAUGGCCAUCAGUAAAGAUAAUAAACGGGCGCCCAAGGCACCCCCAGUCGCAAGGAUUAGUAGAACGCGCUAAUGGAAUCUUGGAGCAAAAGCUCGGCAAAUGGAGAGAAACGACUG